CGGCCUCUCGCCCGGGGGUGGGGGCUGCGGGCGGUCGCGGCCUCCCCCGGGGCCCCGGGCUGCCCGGCCGCCGGGGGGCCGCGGCGGCGGGGAGGAGGGGGGUGCCGGGGAAAGCGGGGCCGAGUCGGGGACAAGUCCCUCUCGCUCCCCGGCCCCCAUUGAUAACUCGCUUGAUCAGAAAUUGAUCCUCUUUGUUCAAUUCAUCGAUCAGCCCAAGAUGGCGCCGGGAGCCGCCGCCGCCACCGCUGCCCCCGGUGUCGGCCCCCACCCCGGGCGCCCCCCCGGCCCUGCGCCGCCGCCACCGCCGCCGCCGCCGCCGCGGGACCGGGGAGGGGGGCGGCCCCGGCGGCCCGCGGGGUGCGCGCGCGAGCGGGGAGCGGGCGGCGGCGGGCGGCGGCGGCGGCGGCGGGCGCUGCGCCGGGAGGGGGCUGCGGCCCGGCGGCGGCGCCCGGCCGCGCGCCCCGCGCCCCCGGCCCGCCGUAUUCCCGGGGAAAGUUUGUGGGGAGUUGCUGUGGGGGGUGAAGCGCCUGCCUCUCCAGGAGGAGCCGCCGCCGCCACUGCCGCCGGCGCGGCGGAGCUGGGGCUGGUGGCGCUGUGGUGCCGCCGGCUCGGGGGAGGGUCAGAGCGGCCACCGGCGGCGGCGGCGGCGGCGCGGCCCGGCUCCGGCCAGGCGGGCGGGUGGCCGGGCGGGCGGCCGGGCGUCCGCGCGCCCCGGCCCCGGCCGGCCCGGGCCCCGGCCGCCGCGCCGGGGCUGUCAGCGGGCCGGGGCCGCGCCGCCGCUCCCGCACCCGGCGCGGGGGUCUCCGCGCGGACCCCGGGGUUUGUUUACGUCCGGACGGGCGCCCCGGGGCCACCCGCAGCCGCCCGGCUCUUUUGUGUGCCUGCACGAGUGGCGCGGACCGGCCCCUCCGCGGCCGGAGACGCGGACCCAGAGGAGCCGCGCGCCCUCGGGGUUCGCCCCGAAUCUGCAGGCUCCGCGCUCGCCGCGCCUGGACGGCCCCGGGACCCCGCCAGGUGGAUGUUGUGCGUAGCCGGAGCCAAGUUGAAGAGGGAACUCGAUGCCACCGCAACAGUACUGGCGAACCGGCAAGAUGAAAGCGAGCAGUCCAGAAAGCGGCUUAUCGAGCAGAGCCGAGAGUUCAAGAAGAACACUCCAGAGGAUUUGCGCAAGCAGGUAGCGCCACUGCUGAAGAGCUUCCAGGGGGAGAUUGAUGCACUGAGUAAAAGAAGCAAAGAAGCUGAGGCAGCCUUCUUGAAUGUCUACAAAAGAUUGAUUGACGUUCCAGAUCCCGUGCCGGCUCUGGACCUCGGGCAGCAACUCCAGCUCAAAGUGCAGCGUCUGCACGACAUUGAAACAGAGAACCAGAAGCUGCGGGAAACUCUGGAAGAGUACAACAAGGAAUUCGCUGAAGUGAAAAACCAAGAGGUUACGAUAAAAGCACUUAAAGAAAAAAUCCGAGAAUAUGAACAGACUCUGAAGAACCAAGCGGAGACUAUAGCUCUCGAAAAGGAACAAAAGUUACAAAAUGAUUUUGCAGAAAAGGAGAGAAAGCUGCAGGAGACACAGAUGUCCACCACCUCAAAGCUGGAGGAAGCGGAGCACAAAGUCCAGACUCUGCAGACAGCCCUGGAAAAAACCCGAACAGAAUUAUUUGACCUGAAAACCAAAUACGAUGAAGAAAUUACUGCCAAGGCCGACGAAAUUGAAAUGAUCAUGACGGACCUUGAAAGAGCAAACCAGAGGGCAGAGGUGGCUCAGAGAGAGGCGGAGACCUUGAGGGAACAGCUCUCGUCGGCCAACCACUCUCUCCAGCUGGCCUCGCAGAUCCAGAAGGCGCCGGACGUGGAGCAGGCCAUAGAGGUGCUGACCCGCUCCAGCCUGGAAGUGGAGUUGGCCGCCAAAGAGCGGGAGAUCGCCCAGCUGGUGGAGGACGUGCAGAGACUCCAGGCCAGCCUCACGAAGCUGCGGGAGAACUCGGCCAGCCAGAUCUCCCAGCUCGAGCAGCAGCUGAGUGCCAAGAACAGCACGCUCAAACAACUGGAAGAAAAACUCAAGGGACAGGCUGACUAUGAGGAAGUGAAGAAGGAACUAAGCAUUCUGAAAUCCAUGGAGUUUGCACCGUCCGAGGGAGCUGGGACACAGGACGCAUCCAAGCCCCUGGAGGUGCUGCUGCUGGAGAAGAACCGCUCGCUGCAGUCCGAGAAUGCCGCGCUGCGCAUCUCCAACAGCGACCUGAGCGGGUCAGCCAGGAGGAAAGGGAAAGACCAGCCUGAGAGUCAGCGUCCUGGACCUUUGCCGGCCUCCCCUCCUCCUCAGUUGCCCCGCAACACGGGGGAGCAGGCUUCCAAUACUAAUGGUACACACCAGUUCUCACCAACGGGGUUAACGCAAGACUUUUUCAGCUCAUCCCUGGCAAGCCCCAGCCUGCCCCUGGCUUCUACGGGAAAAUUUGCACUAAACUCUCUCCUCCAGCGACAGCUAAUGCAGUCCUUCUACUCCAAGGCCAUGCAGGAAGCAGGAAGCACAAGCGUGAUUUUUUCAACAGGUCCAUACAGCACAAACUCCAUAUCUUCCCAAAGUCCAUUACAACAAAGCCCAGAUGUAAAUGGCAUGGCCCCGUCUCCCAGCCAGUCAGAAAGUGCUGGGAGCGUCUCCGAGGGCGAGGAGAUAGACACUGCGGAAAUCGCCCGGCAGGUGAAGGAACAGUUGAUCAAGCACAAUAUCGGACAGCGCAUUUUCGGACAUUAUGUCUUGGGACUGUCUCAAGGGUCCGUGAGCGAGAUUCUGGCCCGGCCCAAGCCAUGGAAUAAACUGACCGUUCGCGGCAAGGAGCCCUUUCACAAGAUGAAGCAGUUCCUCUCGGACGAGCAGAACAUCCUGGCUCUUCGCAGCAUCCAAGGCAGACAAAGAGAGAAUCCAGGCCAGAGCCUGAACAGACUAUUUCAGGAAGUACCGAAACGAAGAAAUGGGUCUGAAGGUAACAUCACGACCCGGAUCCGAGCCUCCGAGACCGGGUCCGAUGAAGCAAUCAAGUCCAUCCUGGAACAAGCCAAAAGAGAGCUGCAGGUGCAGAAAACCGCAGAGCCGGCCCAGCCUUCUUCCGCAUCCAGCAGCGGGAGCUCGGACGACGCCAUCCGCUCCAUCCUGCAGCAGGCCCGCCGCGAAAUGGAGGCCCAGCAGGCCGCCCUCGACCCCGCCUUAAAGCCAGCGCCACUGUCCCAGGCCGACAUCGCCAUCCUGACCCCCAAGUUGAUACCCUCCUCGCCCAUGUCGUCCGUGUCCAGCUACCCUCCGCUCGCCCUCUCCCUGAAGAAGCCCCCGUCCGCCCCCGACGCCAGCGCCUCCGCUCUGCCCAACCCCCCGGCCCUCAAAAAAGAGUCCCAGGACGCGCCCGGGCUGGACCUCCAGGGAGCGGCCGAGUCUGCACAGGGCGUCCUGAGACACGUGAAGAACGAGCUGGGCCGCAGCGGCGUGUGGAAGGACCACUGGUGGAGCACCGUCCAGCCGGAGAGGAAGAGCGCCGUUCCUCCCGAGGACACCAAGCUGGAAGAAGCCAGCAGCACGAAGGAGAAGGGCGGUGGCGGCCAGCCGCGGGCGGAGCGCGGCCAGCUCCAGGGACCCUCGUCGUCAGAGUACUGGAAGGAGUGGCCCAGUGCCGAGUCGCCGUACUCCCAGAGCUCGGAGCUGAGCCUGACCGGAGCCAGCCGCAGCGAGACGCCCCAGAACAGCCCCCUGCCCUCCUCCCCGAUCGUGCCCAUGUCCAAGCCCGCCAAGCCCUCGGUCCCUCCGCUGACCCCGGAGCAGUACGAGAUCUACAUGUACCAGGAGGUGGACACCAUCGAGCUCACCCGGCAGGUGAAAGAGAAGCUGGCCAAGAACGGCAUCUGCCAAAGGAUCUUCGGGGAGAAGGUACUGGGCCUGUCCCAGGGCAGUGUCAGCGACAUGCUGUCCCGGCCGAAGCCUUGGAGCAAGCUGACCCAGAAAGGCCGAGAACCCUUCAUCCGGAUGCAGCUCUGGCUGAACGGCGAGCUGGGCCAGGGUGUCCUGCCUGUCCAAGGGCAACAGCAAGGGCCAGUCCUCCAUUCUGUGACGUCACUACAGGACCCCCAGCAGCAGGGCUGCGUGAGUUCAGAAAGCACUCCCAAGACCUCUGCCAGCUGCAGCCCUGCGCCCGAGUCGCCGAUGAGCUCUAGCGAAUCAGUGAAGAGUUUGACUGAACUGGUCCAACAGCCCUGUCCCCCCAUUGAGACGAAUAAGGACGGCAAGCCUCCGGAGCCCAGCGACCCGCCCGCCUCAGACUCCCAGCCCGCCACGCCACUGCCUCUCUCGGGACACUCGGCCCUCAGCAUUCAAGAGCUGGUGGCCAUGUCUCCCGAGCUGGACACCUACGGCAUAACCAAGAGAGUCAAGGAGGUGCUGACAGACAACAACCUCGGUCAGCGCUUAUUUGGGGAGACCAUCUUGGGGCUCACCCAAGGCUCCGUCUCCGACCUCCUUGCUCGCCCAAAACCCUGGCACAAGCUCAGUCUGAAGGGACGGGAGCCCUUCGUCCGGAUGCAGCUAUGGCUGAAUGACCCCAACAACGUGGAGAAGUUGAUGGACAUGAAACGGAUGGAAAAGAAAGCCUACAUGAAGCGGCGGCACAGCUCGGUCAGCGACAGCCAGCCCUGCGAGCCCCCCUCCGUUGGCAUCGACUACAGCCAGGGCGCCAGCCCGCAGCCCCAGCACCAGCUGAAGAAACCCCGCGUGGUGCUGGCUCCUGAAGAGAAAGAAGCUCUGAAGCGAGCGUAUCAGCAAAAGCCAUACCCGUCACCAAAAACCAUCGAGGAACUCGCCACCCAGCUCAACUUGAAAACCAGCACCGUCAUCAACUGGUUCCACAAUUACAGGUCUCGGAUCCGCAGAGAACUGUUCAUUGAGGAGAUUCAGGCCGGGAGCCAGGGCCAGGCCGGGGCCAGCGACUCCCCGUCGGCCCGAAGCGGCCGAGCCGCGCCCAGCUCGGAGGGCGACAGCUGCGACGGCGUGGAGGCCGCCGAGGGCCCGAGCGCCGCGGACGCCGAGGAGUCGGGCGGCCCCGCGGCCGCCGCCAAGUCUCAGGGAGGGCCGGCCGACGCGGCCGCGGCCCCGGAGGAGCGGGAGGAGCCGCCCAGGCCGGCGGAGAAGGCGCAUCCGCCGCCCUCGGGGGCCCCGGCCCCGGACGACGCGGACGACGAGGGCCGGCCCCGGGCGCCGCCGCCGCCCCCUCCGCCGCCGCCGCCGCCCGAGGGCCCCGCCGACGGCCCGGGGCCCGUGCCAAACCCCGCCGCCGCCGCCGCCGCGCCCGCGGCCGGGGAGGACGCCGCUACCUCAGCCGCCCCGCCGGCGGAGGGCCCCUGCCGGGCCCGGGACGGCGCCGACAGGAGUUCCGCUUUGCCAAGCACCAGCGCGCCGGCGGCCGCCCGCAGGGUCAGCUCGCUGCAGAGCCUCUUCGGCCUCCCGGAGGCGGCGGGCGCCAGGGACUCUCGAGACAACCCCUUGAGGAAGAAGAAGGCCGCGAACUUGAACAGCAUAAUCCACCGCCUGGAGAAGGCCGCCAGCCGGGAGGAGCCCAUCGAAUGGGAGUUCUGAGAGGGCGCUGCCCGCCCGUCCCGCCGAGCCGAGCCGAGCAGAGUCGGGCCGAGCCGAGCCGGGCCGAGCUGGGCCGGGCCGGGCCGAGCUAAGCCGGGUCUGGCCGAACCGAGCCGGGCCGAGCCGAGCUGGGCCGAGCCGAGCCGAGCCGAGCUGAGCUGGGCAGGGCUGGGCCGGGCAGAGGGGCGGGCGCCGACUCCGCGGCCUGGACCGUGUUGCGCACUUAACCGCCCUGCGGGCCACAGGGCAAAAUCGCCAUAGGCCAAGGUGCAUAUAGAAAACAAAGGAGCAUUAAGCCCAAUCUAUGUCGUGUUUUCAAGGAAGAAAACGGAAAUGUGUAGUCGAGCUUUUUUGUACCCUGAAGUGUUUUUUUUAUUGCCCUAAGUGAUUUCCACAGGUUCUGGAAUAACUCUUACAGCUUUGCCUUGCGCCCUCCUCUUUCGUGUGGGCUUUAAAAAAAAAAAAAAAUCAAACCCACAUAUUAAAAGGGGGCUUUUUAUCUGCCAUCUAAUGGCUUCAGAGCGAUAAUACACUAUUAUCUUCUUAAACCAGGAAAAAAAAAGGGGGGGGGGUGGGAGGGGGGAUUUUUCAGAAAAAUUAAAAAAAGAAAGUUUUUGUAGCUGUUCAGUUGCCACUAAGAGAUUGCACAGUCAAACCGACUCUAAACACACUAGUUUGGAUUCCUAAAUAUUUUCAAGUAAAGAAUCUUCUCGUUUGAAACUUUGAAUUAAAAUAAAACACAUUUACUCCACAUAUUUUUUAACAGAAAGAGAAGUCACAUCAGGAAACGAUCUGAUUUUGUGGUAGCUGACGUAGUGUUUUCUUGUACGUGAAUAGAAUCCUGACAUGUAGUGCACAUGAUCCAUAGCUUUAACUGGCUCUGGGCUUUUGCUGGCCAGGGUCUGUUUAAUACACUCCAUUCUAGGCCAAAUCAGGACAAAAAGAAAAGAUCCGAAUCUAGGUAUUUUAUAAUCUGCUUUUUAACCUCUAACCGCAGAGCACGCUGAUCAGACCUCAUAUCUCGGAGGUUAGGAGACAAGUUAGAACUGUAGCAUGUCCCCGUUCAUUCUGUUUUAAUUUAUGGUGUCUACGUCUGCGUUAGUGAGUCCGCACACGUGCGAGCGUGUAAAGGAAGGAGGAAAGAGUGGGCCGCCGAGGUGGCAGCAGGCAGCUUGGGGGGGGGGGGGGGGGGUGCCGCAGGGGUCCCACCCCCCGUGGUCAGCAGGCUUCCCUUGGCACAGAAGGCAGCACACCUCUCAGCACUCUCCCGGGCGCCUGAUGGACUGAGCCCCACCAGGGGCCGCCGCUCCCCGGGCCGGCAGGCUCUGGCGCACGCGCACUCUCUCUCUCUCUCUCCCGCUCUUCCCACCACAAGCACUGAGGACUGUUGACCGUCGUGGGAAGCUUCCUUCCCUGCAGCGGAGAGAACGUGGCAGUCCGGGCUCUGCCCUCACCCCUGUAGAGAUGGCCCACACUCCCACCAAAACGUUGUUGCUCUUCACUUCCAGACCAGACCAUCCAUCGACCCUUCAUUCAUUCUGCCUCUUGGAACAGUUCUUUUAUGCACAGUGUAGGGCAGUCUAAGUACAAACCUGAAGUCUAACUUGUCUCUGAUUCCUCCUGUUGUCUAUGUGUAUACGCGUGAGAAUAGAGGUGGGUGAGAGUGUGCGUGUGUGCGUGUGUGCAAUUUUAUACGUCUGUGUAUUUUCUUAAGUACCUGUGCACACAUAGAGUGCAUUACUGCCACCUUUUUUCAAUAAGCUGUUUUAUCAGUUAUGGCUUCUACAAGUUUGCUAAUUUAGACUCCUUUAUUGCCAUAUCUUUAAACUAACAAUAGAUGAUUUCGGUAUAUAUAUAUAUUUUUUUUUGCUUAUUUAUAGGUGCUGUAUUUUAUUAUCUGAUUGUUAGGAAGGGAUGAAAGGGGCAAAUAUUCUUUAGAGGGAUAGACUGCCGGCAGUAUUGGGUAUAAUUUACAAGAUGUAGUUGUCAUACUGUAUAUUACUGAUUGAAAACUUUUUGACCGUAUUGUGUAUCAUUGAAACCUUUGUCUUAGGUCAACAUCUUUGGAUGGCAUUUUAAUGGUGCAUUCAUUAUUUCUUAAGUUUAAUUAAUAUUACCUUUUUUUUUUUUUGAUGGGGGGGUGGGAGGGAGUUAUAAUUUUCAAGGUAUGCCCCCGCUAUUACACCUCAGUGUGCUUGUAUUAAUUAACUUGUAGGACUUUGACUGUAAGAUGUGAAACCACAUUUCUUGCAUGAUGUUUUAGAAAUUACGUAGUUCAUUUACAGUCCUUUAACCUGCAACUGCAGCACUUAGUUAAAGUUUUCACAAAUUUAAGAGUCACUACACUAAAGACAAUGCCUUUUCAUGAAUAAGAAGUUUUCAGAAGGCUCUAGGAGGCUGGGAGGCAGGCUAUUUGCCUUUUGAUGGUCGUAUCAUCUCUGAACUCGAUACCUGGUUCAGUGAGAAGAGAAUUCAAAAUGGAGGAGCUUAAGGGGAAACAGAUUAACAUCUGGCUCGAUUCAGGUGCAUUAAGAAGAGCGAGUUUGCAUUAGUGACCCCCCCCCCAGGACAGUGAGUAGCAGAGCCCCUGACAGUACUGUGGUGUCCUCUCCACGAAAACCUCGAGGGAACCGUGUCAUCAUGUGUGAUGAAUCUCUAAAUAUCUGAUUUUUCAUUGCAAUGAAAAGCAGGGUGUUAACCAGAAAUAUUAGGGUAGUGUUUUAGUUUUCAAGGCAUGACUGUUAUUUACCAAGGCGUUAAAUCCGAGGGAAUUGAAAAAAGUAUAGAUUUGUCCAUCCUCGUGGCCAAAUAGUAACAGUCUAAAACAGCCACUUUGGCUCUUCCAAGCGAUUUAGUCAUUUUUGUUGGGUUUUGGUGGUGGUGGUGGUGGUGGUGGUGGUGGUGGUGGUUUUUAAACUAGGUUUAUGUUGACUUCCGCUCUACCUUUUUUGCCAGACUUACAUCUGGGUGCUCGAUACAAUCAGUUGGUUAAAGUUUGCUUGCGGUUCUGUGUUUGUAUUUUUUCUUUAUUUAUAUAUAUAUUUUUUUUUAUCGUGAUCCCAACCCUAUGAUCUUUUGUGUUAAGCUUUCACUGUAAUACUUCUAAGAGCUGCCACUAUAUAACAGAAACCUGUCAGGGGGUCGGGGGAGUGUCCCCCCUCCUCGUUGCACCUCAGUGUGAGUCUAAGGGUUGAUCUUUCAUCUUGAUAAGCAAUAUUCAAGUGCCUUGAACAGCAUCCUCUCGGGGGGGGCUUACCUUCAGCUGGCUGGCAUUCCAAGCUGUAGCCCCCACAGGCAGCCGACCUCCUCUUUACGCUCCAUCAGUUUAAAAAGCUGAUUUGUACCUCUCCCCUGGGGAAAGCGGUUCCGUAUAAAACACUAACACUUAAUUACAAGCUCCAUUAUACCAUUUUAAAUGGCUUCUUUUUGUUAAUUGGAGGCAGUGUUCAUAACUUGAGGGUUUUGCCAUUACUUAGCUGGCUAAGUGGAGGUUCGGUGUAAAAUCCGCGUUCGCGUUCGGCCUCUGGACCCUCGGUUCCAGCCACACUCCCUUUGUGGGAUCGGAGGCGGAAGGCGUGUGGGCUCCGUCCUAGACCUGUGCCCGCUCGCCUCCACCGUCUGGCUCCCAGGCGACCGCCAGCCUUGAACUUCUGGAUCAGUCGGCCCGUCCGGGAUCUCUGGCCGCCAGACUGAUCUUCAGAAAGGAUUGCCGUAGCCAUCCAGCUCAACUCGAGUAUGCUCAGAGCCGACCUGCGUGAGGAACAUCACAACAUAAGGUGGCUCGUGGUCAGCAGACUGUCCCGGGAUGCAGGCUUGGAGAAGUCUCCAGGAAGUGCCAGGAUCUUGACCCGUAUGACCACCAUCAAACCAUGGCCGCUGUGUCUGUGAGAGUGACUGAGGCAAAAAGAUGACGGUUGCCUCCCCGGGGCCGGUUCCCUGUGCUUCCAAAGCACAGGUGCCUCCCUGCCCAGUCUCCUUCCUUUUGGCAUCUUUGUUGUUCUCCCCAUUUAAAACUCAUCCCCUCCGAUGUGGACGUUUGGGCCCGCUGGUUGGUGGUCCAGACCCAGAGUGCUACAGAGCUUGGGGUUGAGUGUUUGUGCUCUCUCUGGCCAUGGGAGACCCUCCCCAUGUACCGCCGCCCCCCCACCCCCCACCGGCCCGGAGCCACGUCAGUCGUGCGGCUCAUGAGGAAACCAAGCAGAAGGCAGGUUGUACUCUAAUCCGAGGGAAAGCUCUGGUGUCGGCUCGUUGCCCUAAGAUCAUGCCCCAGUCGUGCCCUAAGAGGUCGGGACAAGAGUCACCGGACGGCUCAGUCCACAGGCCGGUGCCUUCCCGGCUGCAGGCGAACUGGGGUUCCUCCUGAACGCCUGCCCCCUCUGGCACGGUGAUCAAUGAACCCUGUUGACAUUCUAUGCAAUGUUUCUCAUUCCUCCUUAGAAAAACAAACCUCCUUGAAAGUAGCAGGGGAGCCGGGGGCGGGGGGGGGGGGGGGGGGGGGGAGGUGUAUGCACGCCCUUCUGGGAUUAGCACAAAGUGAACCGGUGUUCGUGACCAACUACACCUGGAGCUGGGGGACGGCGGCCGUUGCCUUAAAUGCACUCUGCCGGGCGCCUCUGGACAGGCCUGUAAAAACAAGAGUCCGCCCUUAGCCAUCCCGAGCCCCCGCUUUCUGAGGCCAGUAAGCCAGCCGUGCAGGGGAGAUGUAGCAAGGCGAGGUUCGGGUUAGCCACGUCCCUUCCCUCCCUGGGAAGGACGGGAGGUCUGCUUCCCUCCCUGGGUGUCCUCCCUCGUCAGCACGCUCCUCCUCCAUCCCCUUCUACCUCACUGACCCGUGCUCCCACUCGAUGCCACUCCCCACCCCGAGCCCCUCAGAACCGCGAGGCCCGAGUGGACUCCGGCGCGGGAGAAAGGGAAAACGCUAGAGGCGCGGCAUUCCUGAGUGUCUUGGCCUGGCGGGCAGGCUCCUUCCCCCUCUUCUCUUUUGUGAGCGCAACAUGGACGGACAGCUGUGCUCCACGAGGCACAUGGAUUUUUCUCUCGACUUCCACCUGUUCCUAACGCUCUGACAGCUGUUUCCUUUGCUGGCGGGGGCGGUCUCGGGCCUCAGAGGGCCUUGUCUUUGGCCUGCCUUUGCUUUCUGUCCGUUCCUGCUCAGCUGUUGAGCUCCAUCAAAGCCGUUUUUCCCUUGCCCUGGGCUGCCCCUACAUGGCCACGUGAGGACACUUCCCCAGGAUCCCUACCUGGCGUUGGGGAAC